GCCGGGGGAGUGCGGUUACUUGUGGAAACACAGUGAGCCGUCGACAAUGUUUUGGUUGGUGUUAAGCAUAUCGUUGGGACUGACUACCGCCGGUAAGAUAAAUUAAUGCGCCUUAAAAAAAAAUGACAGGAACUAUUUGACGUGUGAUUGAGUAAAUUGAUCUUUUAAAGUUAAUUGUGUAUGCUUUAUUUAAUACAUUAAUACAUUUAUAUAUAUUUUUAACGGUCGAAAAAAAAAAUAAUAAAAAAUAAAUAGAACUAUUCAAUUUUAUUUGACGGAUAUUUUUUGAGUGUUUGAUUUCUUACCAGAGCGUACCUUUGAAUGAGAUCUGCGAAUGCUCGUUCUCAAAGUUAUAACAGAACAUUUUAUUGAUUUAAAACAAUAGUUUUAUUGAUACCUUUUUUUUUUUUACAGCUUCCAGAACAUGCUACGGUGACAUUUCACAACUGUCACCAACUGGGCGCAAACCUGGAGGUGAGAAACCGCUAAAUAUUGUGUCACAAUCACUGAAAUGUGACACUUUGAUGAGAGCAACUUUGAUUUUAUGUUUCGCAUUGGAACUAUUUUUAAUAAUUUAUGUUUGGUAGAAGUGGAAUUUAGACCGAAGGUAUUUCUUAAAAUCAGGCAGCUCAAGCAAGGGCGCACCUGAGCUGAGGCAAGGGCGCACCUGAGCUGAGGCAAGGGCGCACCUGAGCUGAGGCAAGGGCGCACCUGAGCUGAGGCAAGGGCGCACCUGAGCUGAGGCAAGGGCGCACCUGAGCUGGAGCCAUUAGUUCAGUGUAGAUCGAAUGAUAACAUUAAGUUUGGGGAUGGAAUACAUAAAUGUGCGACUUGGUUAGGACUGCUAUUUGCAGGCCGUUAUAUUGCUGUGUCCUAGUUAGGACUGCUAGUUGCAGGCCGUCAUAUUGCUGUGUCCUAGUUAGGACUGCUAUUUGCAGGAUGCUGGUAGCACUAUCUUUUGUGAAACGCCAGAGUUAAAGAACUAUGAACAUUGUAAUCUAAAUAUAGUCUUUAAUAAAUUUAUCUUUAUCCUUCUUUCUGUGGUAUUAAUGUUAUAGGAGUUUUGAUUUAAAUGUAUAAUGAUGCCUAUUUCUAUAACAUUAAUUAACUAAUUGGGAAUAGGGUAUUUCAUUUAGGUCAAGACAAAAUCAUUAUAAAGUGUAAUCACAUUUUCCCAUACUAUUUCCAAUACUUUGAUGACCUUUUGCUCAAAUGUUAAGAAAUAAAGCUGAUUUUAAAUUUGUUUUAAAUUUAGUUCAAUUCCAUGACACUUUUUCAGUCAAUUUCGGAAUUCCAAUAUUAACAUUCAUUCAAAUGUUGAUGUUCAUGCUUGUCAUUCAACCAUGAUUAUUGUUUCUUACAUCCUACUUGCUGAGAAUGGCUCUAACUCACUUUUCGACUCAACAGGUGUGUCUGCAUCCAACUCGGCUGUCCAGAGUGACCUGUCCGCACUGAACGCGCAAAGGAGCUGUUACCAGGCGUCUGCCGACAAGAACUGUACGAUUUUACCUUAGCGACUCCUUAGUUUCCAAAGUUAAACGAACGGUCAAAUAAAAAAAAACAAAAACCAAAGUCAAACUAAAUGACCUAUUAUGAGACUUAAUUUCAAGACUAUUUUAUUUAUUAACAUGAUUCCCCCAACUUGAGAAUGGCCGAAAAUGGUUUUCUGAUUUAGGCCGAAACCGAAACCAGGCCAAAAUUUUAAAAUAUCUUUCGACCGAAACCGAAGCCGAAAUUCAGUCGGUCUCUUCCCCCAACCAGGAGUAGACAAGAAAUUAAGAAAUACUCCACCUUUUUAAAACCGUAAUCAAAACAAGUUGAUUUUUCUUCUCCUCGUCUUUGAUUUCCCAGGUGUCCAGGCCUCUGUGAUUGCCGCCAUCGCCAGCAGAGAAUCGAACGGCGGAAAAGGCCUUAACAGUGGCUAUGGAGACGGUAGGAAAGCCUGGGGCAUCAUGCAGGUGAGUUAUGGAUCAUGAAGGGUUGAGUAACUUUCAUUACAUUUGUGUGGCAGAUCCACAAUUUCUCUACUCAAACAAUGUAAGUAAAAAUAGCGUCGCAUUUAGAAUAAAACAGCUAAGUAAUUUCAAACCAACCUAUCAAAUUCACGUCUGCAAGUUUGGUUUGAAACUUACUCAAAAUCGCGGAAGAUGGGAACUAGGCGAAAUCUAGGCCUUAAUUUAAAGUAAAACUAUAAGUUAAAAUAUUUUAUGUUUUAUUUCAUAACACAACUCCUUAUAAGAAAUCAAACAAUGAUAUAUCCUUAUAUAACAAUUUAUAACAUAACCAAAUAAAUAAGCAUGUUUUAAAUUAAUCUAAACAUAUUCGCAUAUAUUAGUGGUUCUCAACCUUCCUAACGCCUCGACCCUUUAAUACAGCUCCUCAUGUUGUGGUGACCAACAAACAUAAAAUUAUUUUCGUUGCUACUUCAUAAAUAACUGUCUUCCGAUGGUCUUAGGCGACCCCUAUGUGAGGGCCGUUCGACACUCGAAGGGGUCACGACCCACAGGUUGAGAACCACUAGUAUAUGUGUUUUAUAAAACUAAUCUUUGAAUACAGAUUAUUCCACCUAUAACUAAAUACAGCCCACCACCGCCGCAAGUCACAAUUUCAUUCAAGACGCAGUCAGACAUUCCCCGUUGUACAUUUUAAGACUUUUCUUCUUUUUUGUCCAGUGUGACAUCGCGAAGUCUGGUCUUCCUUGCACUUCCGUGCCGUGGAACAGUUGUGAACACAUUGAGAUGAUGGUCAGCCGGAAGUUGGUGCCUGAUAUCAAAACAGUGAGUAGGCCAACCAAAUAUCCUCAAAUUCUGCAUUGUUAGUAGUCAUUGAAACCAAAAUGCAACGUUUGAUGUACGAUACUAUUAGAUGGGUUUUAAUUAAAAUUUCACAUGUCUAUCUCGAUACCGUAGAUAAAAGAUUGAAAUACAGAAAAAUAUUGAAAUUAAAAUAAAAUUAUUAAAAAUAAUUAAAUAGCAAUAUUAGAAUGAAGGAGCAAAAAAAAAAUAAAAAAAAAAUAAAGAUUUAUCAUUUUAAAUUUUGCCACGAAAUCCAUGGGGAUUUGUUAGAAAUAUUUCACUCAGGUACUUUCACUUCACCUUCACUUUCUAUCUCAUGUCAAUAUAUCGCCCAUUAACUCAUUGCAUAAACAAAUCAAUAAUGAUUGCUCCGUGUGAUUGAAUGUUUAGAUCGCUCGAAGACUCUCAAGCUGGUCGCCGAGUCAGACCCUGCAAGGUAGGGACAGUUUUUAUUUGAACAUAUCAGAUCAAUGCAGUAUCCACAAACUAUAUCAGAGCCAAGCAGUAUCCACAAACUAUAUCAGAGCCAAGCAGUAUCCACAAACUAUACCAGAGCCAAGCAGUAUCCACAAACUAUAUCAGAGCCACGCAGUAUCCACAAACUAUAUCAGAGCCACGCAGUAUCCACAAACUAUAUCAGAUCAAUGCAGUAUCCACAAACUAUACCAGAGCAAAGCAGUAUCCACGACAAAACAAUGACAAGAGGUGUAAAAAGCUCCAAGAGUUUAUGGUUGUAAAUAGACGUUGUUCGUGUCAUGGAGUUAACUCAUGUGGAGAGCUUUUCCUUGUGGUGUCAACAACAACUGAGCACUUUACUGUAUUAUAUUUAAAUGAUAGCACUAUCUUUACUGUCAGUAUAUGUAUAGGUAGGGUGUGCGCGUAUAUAAAUAUAUAUAUAUAUAAAUAUAUAUAUAUAUAUAAUAUUAUAUAUGUAUAUCUAUAUAAUCUUAAAUUAAAGAUAAGUUUCCCACCUUUUUGAUUAGCCAGUGGUUAGAACGGCUAGACCUUUCUUUACGUAUUACUUAAACAUCUCUGCCUUCCCAGGUGCUGUUGCCGCCUACAACUUUGGCACUAAAAACGUCCAGACGUGGGGCGGUGUUGACGUCGGCACAACUCAAGGGGACUACAGCAAUGACAUCAUUGCAAGAGCCAAGUGGCUCCUCGCCAAUGGAUGGAACUAGAUUUUUUUUUCCUCCUCUGGUGGCGGCUCAAUGGAUGAUUGCAGCCAUGCUUGAUCCUGACAUCUACUAAUAAAGAAAUAUAAUGUCGUCUGGUUGCUUCCUUGUGAAUAAAAUUAUAAUUUUUGCAUAACAGAACAUUUUUAACGUUUCUGACUCGUACAAAACAACACAUUAUCCGAACAUAGUAUUUUACAGAGAUAGACUAAUAGUUAGUGUGAUGCUGCGAUGGUCUGGUUUGACCUCACAGUAGAGUCCGACCGAAAAUGAUUUUCUGAUUUCGACCGAAGCCGAAACUAGGCCGAAGGUUAAAAAUUACUUUUUUCCGAAACCAAAAUAUUUAUAUAUUUUGAAAUCGUUCAUGUAUAGAUUCUUCAUACAUCGAUGGGGGAAAAUAUCAAUAUACUAAUUCUUUUUAUAAAUGAUGAAAUCAUCGUGAAUAUUAAUAAAUAAACAUCUAAUGAUUACUAUAGCUUUUACCGUUUACAUUUAAAAGUAAUUUAAAUUUCUUUAAAAUGUUUCUUUAAAGUAGGGGGGGGGGCACUUUAGACCGGAAACGGGGGAGGAGAGUGGCAAAUUCAUGAAAACUAGACCCUCGAGUGCCCUUUGCCUUUAAGACUAUAGUGACAACCUAGAAGAUAUUCUCAUUCUGAUUCUGAUAGACUACGUUUCUGCAACCAAGUACGGGCAUAUGUGCAUAUACCUGAUAAUACCUACAAUAACUAUUUUGGCUCUAAAAGUGUAAUUAGUCAACAAAAUAUCAUUUAUUAAGGCUAUAAUAAUAUCAUCACAAUGUUUCGCGCUAAUAGUCAAACUAUUGCUUUGUGUUUUCAUAAAUAGCGGGCAAGAUAUCCCUGUAUUAACAUUUAGCCUAGUACUAGUCUUUCCGUGCUGGUGACGCAAUUAUUUCGUUCGGCAACCAACCUCCCUCACCCCCAUUGGAGGGGGAAUUUUUUUAAAACAGGGUCUCUUAAAAUCGUUGUUCUGAAGAGUCUUGACGGAGAUUCGCAAACGACAUGUACAUUGUCGCCAAUAUCAUGAAAGUAAAAUACGAACUCGUGAUACAUGUUAUUUCAUCAAUGACAAGGUUGAUGACCAUGAUUAUGAUGAAUUUCAAGAAAUGGUUGUUUGAAAAAGCAUAAGUUUCCUUAAUUAAAAAAAAAAAUGAAAUAAUAAUAUUGGUAAUAUUACCAUUCACUAGGAUUAUUCAAUAGUAUUUACCUUUGCCUAAGACAACAUUGAUGAGCAUGAUAAUGAUAAACC